GAUAUUAAACAAAUCGAUGAAACUGUUAAGAAUAUAGAAGGAGGAAAUGAAAAAAAUAAAGAGGAUAAUAGCUCGGCUGAUUUCGAAAAGCUCGUCGGUGCCUCCAAAGGAGGCAUUAGUAAUGUUUAUACAAAUGGAAAGAGGGACUCUGCGGAAGUUAUUAGUGAUCUAUUUGAUACUCCUUUCGAAAACUCUUUCGCAAGUUCUCGGGGAGCAACUCCGCCUAUAACCCCUCAUCGAAAUUCACUGAGUUCAUCGAUAAACCCUUUUCCCAAUAAUCGAAAUAAUACGUCGGUUCAACCUCUGAAUGGUGGUAUAUCUUCGUUAUCACAGUCAGUAGUUAGUGAUGGACAAUUAUUCAACCGAGGUUCAACAAGUUCGAUAAACUUCAAUUCACAAUCUACAAGUGGCAUUCCGUCGCUUCCUCCUCCAAAGAAUAUCAAUCAAUUUACGGGCACAUCAAUAUCCGUUAGACCCUCAACAAAUCCUCAGGAUCUACUCGAUUCGAUACCAUCUCCAACUUCAUCUAACAGACCUCAUUCUUUUGGACAAACUAACAAUUUUGGGUUGAUGAAUAGUACGACGGCUUCGCAGUCAUCGACCACUAUGAGGACGUUAAACAACUUAUAUACAUCUACCCCGACCCUUAAUUCAAUGGCGCUUCAAUCGCAAACAACGA